CGCGGGCUCCUGGGGCUGCCGCCCCGCGCGGUCCCCAUCGGCGUCCCCGGCCGCGCCCGGCUCCUGGCCCGCUCGCCCGCCGGCACCAUGAUGGAGGAGAUCGACCGGUUCCAGGUGCCCACCGCUCACUCGGAGAUGCAGCCACUGGAUCCAGCCGCCGCCUCCAUCUCAGACGGAGACUGUGACGCCCGGGAGGGUGAGUCAGUAGCCAUGAAUUACAAACCAUCCCCGCUCCAAGUGAAGCUGGAGAAGCAGCGGGAGCUGGCCCGGAAGGGCUCCCUGAAGAAUGGCAGCAUGGGUAGCCCUGUCAACCAACAACCCAAGAAGAACAAUGUCAUGGCUCGGACAAGGCUGGUCGUCCCCAAUAAAGGCUACUCCUCGCUUGACCAGAGCCCAGAUGAGAAGCCACUGGUAGCCCUUGACACGGACAGCGAUGAUGACUUUGACAUGUCCAGAUAUUCCUCCUCUGGCUACUCCUCUGCUGAGCAGAUCAACCAAGAUUUGAACAUCCAGCUGCUGAAGGACGGCUACCGGUUAGAUGAGAUCCCUGACGACGAGGACCUAGACCUCAUCCCCCCCAAGUCCGUGAACCCCACCUGCAUGUGCUGCCAGGCCACGUCCUCCACCGCCUGCCACAUCCAGUAGCGGGCGGGGCCGCCGCGCGGCUGGCCGGGGGCGGGACGGGGCAGGGUCCGACCCCUCCCGUGCUAGUCUGCCUGCCUCCGGGCCCCCCGCGCCCCCUACAGCCGCCAACUUCGUAACAGUCAUUGCUUCCUCCUAUGGUAGGACGUGUACCUCUGUGUGUUCAUGGAGCCGGAGAAACCAAAACCGGGUCUUUCUCCACCCGGGGGCAGAGGAGGGGUUGGGGCUGUUUGUUCAGUUACUUGGGGGACCUUACCCAGCACCCUACCCCACUUCCCAAGGCUGCCGUCCAGUAGGGGUUGGGGGCUGGGCAGCAGGGAGGCCAACAGUAAUGAGUGGGGGAGGGAUCACAAAGCCAGAGGCUUGGCCCCACCCCAGCAAAGCCAUGAACCUCCAGACCCAGCCUCACAUGGAAGUGGGGCACUGAGAGAGAAAGGCCCAUGGCAGUGGGGUUAGGUCCCAGUACUUCAGAACCUCUUCCGUGCGACCCCUGCCGGCCCAUGUACCUAUUUGCAUUUUUCCCUUCACCUCCAGAUGGGAAGCCUGGCAAAGCUGCCCAGCAGGAUAUUCCCGCUCCUUACCCCCCCCAUCAGAUCACUGCCUGCUUCCUCCUCCUUGCCCCCACUCAUCCUCUUCCUUACUCUCUGGGUGUGGGGGAGGGUAAGGUGGGCCUUUGAGACAGGCCAGAAUUUGGGAUGGUAUGAUCUGUCCUCAUCCACCCCUAACCAAUGCAUCUAUCUCUCUGCCACCAACAAUCCAUCUCUCUCUCCACCAACACUUCUGUUCAUUGGUCUCUGUCCCAGGCAGGGGAUAAGGCUGGCCUCCAAUGUCCCAUUCCCAUCUCACUCCAGCCCAAGAUCUGGGAGGCUGGCUCCCAAUAAGAAUCUUCAAGGAGCAAGCUUAGGAGAAUAGAGUAGGCUGAGUGGCUGCAUGUAUGCGGUAGGGAGUGCUUGGCAGAAUGUGUACGUCUGAGGCUGUCAGGGUGUGUGUCUGUGUCUUUGUGUCGGGCCUGUCUCUCCAACUGUCUAUUCCUGUCAUAGGUGUGGGUGUCCAUGGUGGGAAAGUGACUAUGUGGCCUGUUUAUAGUGGGAGAGGCUGCUCAGCAGUGCGAUGGACUGAGAGCCCUGGACUGGGAGUCAGAAGCCUGGGUCUGGUCCUAGCUCUAGUACUCUCUCUGUGAUCCUCAACAAGCCACUUGCUUGCUCCACUCUUCAACUGUAAAAUAAACAGCAGCUGAAAUUAUUUCUAAAGUCCUUUCCAUGAAAGAAUUUUUUCUUCUGUGGAGGGGUAUACAGAGAUCUCUAUGUAUUUUUGAGUACACUUAGGAGGUUCCCUGAGGUGUGUGUCUGGAAAAGGAAAGAGGCAAUUCCUAUCAAGACUGUGUAUGUCGGAGCACAUGUGGAUCUGUUUGGGAAUAUGUGUAUGUAUCUGUGAAUGUGUAUGUGUAGGGGGUGUCUAUUGUGUGUGUAGCUGUACAGGGCGUCUGGGGGUCAGAAUGUGUGUACUGCUGCUUCUGCUGCUGUUGGUAGUUUGGGGGUGGGGGCAAGAAAGCUGAGGAUGAAAAUCAAAAGGGAAGAAGUGAACAGGUCCUUUCCAUGGGGCUGGGAAAUACAGACCUGCCCCCAUGUGAAGACAAAUGAAAGCACAGAUAGCCUAAGACUGCUCACACUUAUGCCCCACAAACCUCCUAUCACAGGGCCAAGGUGUAUACUUCCCCAUUCCUCCAUGCUGACACCCCACACACUGGAGUCUCCACUCUCAUGGAUACCACUCCCAUGCUGCAAGCCGCAAUGGACACACCCACAGUUCACUCUGUAGAUGUCAGUCCUGAGAAGUGGGAGCUAGAAGUGGGGUAGUGAGAGAAGGGAGUGAGACUGCUGGCUUAGGAAGGGUAGCACCUCCCCCUGCGCCACAGUCAAGAGCUGCCAACUCCAAAGUGUUGAGGUACAGAUCUUCACCCCCACCACCUCCUCCCACCCCUACCUCCUUUAGUGCAGGGAAACUAUUUAGAUGAUGAGAAAAUGCCACAGGGAAACAAGGACAGAGAAGGUAAUUGCAAAGCCCACAAGGUCCAUACUGGCUCCCAUCUAAGCCUAUCUCUCCCACCCUGCUCAACAUCCCCAGACCCUGUCAUCUGGGCCCUAAAUCCAAGCCCCACACUACUACCACCAUCACUCUGGGUUCCUUGAUUCACCCUUCUAGAACAUGGGUACCUCCUCUUUUUCAGGAUCACUUAAAUUGCUGCCGUUGUUGCUGACUUGCUGCGUGACUCUGGCCAUUGUUCAAUCUCUGUGGCCCUGAGGAACCAGGGAAAAGCUCCCUCCCCAACGGGACAUGCUAGUUCCCUGGCAGGCAAGGGCUUUCAACUGAAGCAGUAUAUGUGUAGCAGAGGUAGGAAGCUGGCAGCCAACAGCUUCUGCAUCUAAGCAGAGUGUAUGGCUCCCUCCUUCCCUGUCUGGGUGGAUGGAGUGGAAGAAUCAAGGUCUUAGCUUGCCCCCUGCCACCCUUCCCCCUUGUAGAUACUGCCUUAACACUCCCUCUACCCUCAGCUGUGGCUGCCACCCAGCCAGGUUUCUCCGUGCUCACUAAUUUAUUUCCAGGAAGGUGUGUGGAUGACAUGAGCCAUGUAUAAUAUUUUUUUUUUUUAACAUUUCCAUUGCAGUAUUGACCAUCAUCCUUGGUUGUGUAUCGUGUAACACAAAUAAUGAUAUUAAAAUCAUCAAACAAGUGA